AGCCAAUCGCAGUCGGCGCUGGAGGGACGCCGCGGCCUCAGGGUCUUCAUUUUAGAGUGUUCUAACACCUGAGCCCUAUUAACAUUUUCAUCAUGGGCUUCUGCUUGGCUCUGGCAUGGACACUCCUGGUUGGGCCAUGGAUUCCCCUGGGAGCUCAGAACCCCAUUUCAUGGGAGGUGCAGCGGUUUGAUGGAUGGUACAACAACCUCAUGGAGCACAGAUGGGGCAGCAAAGGCUCUCGGCUGCAGCGCCUGGUCCCAGCCAGCUAUGCAGAUGGUGUGUACCAGCCCUUGGGAGAGCCCCACCUGCCCAACCCACGAGACCUUAGCAACACGGCCAUGAGGGGCCCUGCAGGACGGGCCUCCCUGAGAAACCGCACAGUGCUGGGGGUUUUCUUUGGCUACCACGUGCUCUCGGACCUGGUGAGCGUGGAAAAGCCUGCUAGUGUAAAUAUUAAUCCCCCAAUUAAAGACAAGCUAAUUGAGGCUCAGAGGCUUCAGUCACCAACCCCCUGCUCCUUGCAUUUCAGAAAUGCCAGCUGCCACUUCCAGGGGGUCAUCAAUAGGAACUCAAGUGUCUCCAGAGCUCUCCGGGUCUGCAACAGCUACUGGAGCCGAGAGCACCCAAACCUACGAAGAGCUGAAGAUGUGGAUGCUCUGCUGCUGGGCAUGGCCUCCCAGAUCGCUGAGCAAGAGGACCAUGUGGUGGUUGAGGAUGUGCGAGAUUUCUGGCCUGGGCCACUGAAGUUUUCCCGCACAGACCACCUGGCCAGUUGCCUGCAACGGGGCCGGGAUCUGGGCCUGCCGUCUUACACACAGGCCAGGGCAGCACUGGGCCUGGCUCCAGUUACCAGAUGGCAGGAUGUCAACCCUGCACUCUCCCGGAGUGACAGCACUGUGCUGGAGGCCACAGCUGCCCUGCUGUUCUCUGAAAAAGAGGUUGCAGAGAUUAGGAACACUUCCCUACGGGAUGUUCUCGUGGCUGUCACCAAUGUGAACCAUGGUGCCCUGCAGCCCAGCGUCUUUUUCUGGCAUGCCGGAGACCCCUGCCCGCAGCCAAGACAGCUCAGCACUGAGGGCCUGCCAGCCUGUGCUCCCCCCGUCAUGCGGGACUAUUUUGAAGGCAGUGGAUUUGGCUUUGGGAUCACCAUCGCGACUCUUUGCUGCUUCCCCCUGGUGAGCCUGCUCAGUGCCUGGAUUGUUGCCCAGCUUAGGAGGAGAAAUUUCAAGAGGCUCCAGGGCCGGAACCGCCAGAGCGUCAUGUCUCAGAAGCUCAUGGGGGGCAUGAAAGCGUUGGAAUGGCAGGGCCACAAAGAGCCCUGCCGGCCUGUGCUGGUGCACCUGCAGCCUGGUCAGAUCCACGUGAUGGAUGGCAGGCUCUCUGUGCUCCGCACCGUCCAGCUGCAGCCCCCGCAGCAGGUCAGCCUCAUCCUGUCCAGCAACCGCAGACGCCGUGCCCUGCUGCUCAAGAUCCCAAAGGAAUAUGACCUGGUGCUGCUAUUUAACCUGGAGGAAGAGCGGCAGGUGAUGGUGGAAAACCUCCAGGGAGCUCUGAAGGAGAGUGGGCUGAGCUUCCAGGAGUGGGAGCUGCGGGAGCAGGAGCUGAUGAGGGCAGCUGUGACACGGGAACAGCGGAGCCACCUCCUGGAGACCUUUUUCAGGCACCUUUUCUCCCAGGUGCUGGACAUUGACCAGGCGGACGCAGGGGCCCUGCCCCUGGACUCAUCGCAGAAGGUGCGGGAGGCCCUGACUUGUGAGCUGAGCCGGGCCGAGUUUGCCGAGUCCCUGGGCCUCAAGCCCCAGGACAUGUUUGUGGAGUCCAUGUUCUCUCUGGCCGACAAGGAUGGUAAUGGCUACCUGUCCUUCCGGGAGUUCCUGGACAUCUUGGUAGUCUUCAUGAAAGGCUCUCCCGAGGAGAAGUCUCGCCUUAUGUUCCGCAUGUAUGACUUUGAUGGGAACGGUCUCAUUUCCAAGGAUGAGUUCAUCAGGAUGCUGAGGUCCUUCAUCGAGAUCUCCAACAACUGCCUGUCCAAGGCCCAGCUGGCCGAGGUGGUGGAGUCCAUGUUCCGGGAAUCGGGCUUCCAGGACAAGCAGGAGCUGACGUGGGAGGACUUCCACUUCAUGCUGCGGGACCACGACAGCGAGCUCCGCUUCACCCAGCUCUGCGUUAAAGGGGUGGAGGUGCCUGAAGUCAUCAAAGACCUCUGCCGGCGAGCCUCCUACAUCAGCCAGGAGAAGAUCUGCCCCUCUCCCAGGAUGAGAGCUCGCUGUCCCCCCAGCAACGUCGAUGUGGAGGUAGAGCUGACACCAUGGAGACUGCAGUGCCCCACAGACACAGACCCUCCCCAGGAGAUUCGACGGAGGUUUGGCAAGAAGGUGACAUCGUUCCAGCCCCUGCUGUUCACUGAGGCUCACCGAGAGAAGUUUCAGCGCAGCCGUCGCCACCAGACAGUGCAGCAGUUCAAGCGCUUCGUGGAGAACUACCGGCGCCAUAUAGGCUGCCUGGCGGUGUUCUACACCAUUGCGGGGGGCCUCUUCCUGGAGAGGGCCUACUACUACGCCUUUGCGGCUCACCACACGGGCAUCACGGACACCACCCGCGUGGGCAUCAUACUGUCGCGGGGCACGGCGGCCAGCAUCUCCUUCAUGUUCUCCUACAUCCUGCUCACCAUGUGCCGCAAUCUCAUCACCUUUCUGCGAGAGACCUUCCUCAACCGCUACGUGCCCUUUGACGCAGCCGUGGACUUCCAUCGCCUCAUUGCCUCCACUGCCAUCGUCCUCACAGUCUUACACAGUGCAGGCCAUGUGGUGAAUGUGUACCUCUUCUCCAUCAGCCCGCUCAGCGUCCUCUCCUGCCUCUUCCCCGGCCUCUUCCAUGACAACGGGUCCGAGUUCCCCCAGAAGUAUUACUGGUGGUUCUUCCAGACCGUGCCAGGUCUCACGGGGGUCAUGCUGCUCCUAGUUCUUGCCAUCAUGUACAUCUUUGCCUCCCACCACUUCCGCCGUUGCAGCUUCCGGGGCUUCUGGCUGACCCACCACCUCUACAUCCUGCUCUACGUGCUGCUCAUCAUGCAUGGCAGCUUCGCACUGAUCCAGCUGCCCCGUUUCCACAUCUUCUUCCUGGUCCCAGCACUAAUCUAUGCGGGAGACAAGCUGGUGAGCCUGAGCCGGAAGAAGGUGGAGAUCAGCGUGGUGAAGGCAGAGCUGCUGCCUUCAGGAGUCACCCACCUGCAGUUCCAGCGGCCCCAAGGCUUCGAGUACAAAUCAGGACAGUGGGUGCGGAUCGCCUGCCUGGCUCUGGGAACCACAGAGUACCACCCCUUCACACUGACUUCUGCGCCCCACGAGGACACGCUCAGCCUGCACAUCCGGGCAGCAGGGCCCUGGCUGGUCUUCAAGUCAUCAGUCAGCUGCCAAGUGUUCUGUAAGAAGGUCUACUUCAUCUGGGUGACCCGGACCCAGCGGCAGUUUGAGUGGGUAGCUGACAUCAUCCGGGAGGUGGAGGAGAAUGACCACCAGGACCUGGUGUCUGUGCACAUCUACAUCACCCAGCUGGCUGAGAAGUUCGACCUCAGGACCACCAUGCUGUACAUCUGUGAGCGGCACUUCCAGAAGGUGCUGAACCGGAGUCUGUUCACGGGCCUGCGCUCCAUCACCCACUUUGGCCGCCCCCCCUUCGAGCCUUUCUUCAACUCCCUGCAGAAGGUCCACCCACAGGUCCGGAAGAUUGGGGUGUUUAGCUGCGGCCCCCCUGGCAUGACCAAGAAUGUGGAAAAGGCCUGUCAGCUCAUCAACAGGCAGGAUGGAACUCAUUUCUCCCAUCAUUACGAGAACUUCUAGGCCUCCUGCCCAGGGGCUCCGCCCACCACCCAGCUGAGAGCUCAUCUGUCCAGCUCUGCUGCCUGGGAUGACAUCAUCGGUGAGGCUGCAGCUCCAUUCCCUUCCUCAGAGAGGACUCGCUCCACUGCCUCUCCCAUCUCCCCACCACAAUCCAGGAAAUCAGCAUUACUGCCUAGCCCACAAGACAAGGACCCUGCUGCUCAGAGCUCUGGCCAGGUCCCAGCAAGAACGUCUGUCCAAACUACCACAGGCCUGGUUGGAAACAGGCAAGGGGGAAAUAAGGCUUGGAGGAGCCCUGAAGCCUGAGUGUUUCUGCUGGUCAGAGCUGAUGUGGGGACCAGGGCAGGCUCAGAAGCUGGUGUAGGAGGUGGGACUGGUGAGGGGGCUGCCUCAUCGUGUGGCCCCCACCCUUGAGAGGUGAGGAUGGCAAACCUCCCUUGCUUCCCCUGUCUGGGUACAAAGAGGGCUCUGACUGGACCCAUUUCCCUAGGCCCAAAGAUGAGAAAGCAGGGAGAGUGGGGAGACUAAAGAGGAAAGGGAAGGGAAGGAAAAAAGGGCCCUUAAUCCCAUUCUUCCCUCCCCCCUCAAAUACAGAUGCAAGCAGGCCAGAGGCCCCAGGGCUGGGUGUGUGUGUCAGGGUGUGGGGGUAUCCUUCAUCUGCAGGUCUGAGAUAAUGGCUGAAGCUACAGAGACCAAGCAGGCCUUGGGGAAAAGAGCAAAAGGCCUGAGGAGAAUGUACAGCCCCUGGGGCAGUGGAGAGGGGAGGCAGUGAGUGGUCACUCCCCCCCAACCCCGCCCUAUGCCAAAACCCAGGCUGGAGGCUACAGGCAACAGCAUGGGCCCUGCGCUCUUAGUUUGGGGACAGUCCCCUCUCCAUGGUCUACUUGGGGGAAUUAUCUCUCCUGAAAACUGUAAUUUUAUCUUCUCCCUGAGGGACAGACCUGGUCAAGAAGGGCAACAAGUGGCCAGAAAACUGAGUUGGAAGCUGAGAGUUCAGCCUCCAUCUGGAUGACUGACCUCCUGGGACAAAGUCCCAACGGUCUGUUAGGACACAGCAGAACCUUUGCCUGACGCUCAGGGAGCCAGGGUGGGACUAGCUGAGCCGCAGGGCCAGGGCUGGCAUGGCUUUUGGAAGAAGCUGUUUAAUUACCAGUGAAAGCCCUUCCAUUACGGAGAGAAGAGAAACCAUAAUUGUAUUUCAGAGAAGCCAUUUAUAUGCAAAUGUGGCUCUGGCAGACAUAUGCUGGCAGAGCCAGGUCUAACCCGGCUGGAGUGGCGUCCAAGCCUGUCUCCCCCUUUCACUCCCCAGCCUAAGGCAAAGCACAGGCUCUCCUCUGCUCUGCUCUGCUCUGCUCUGCUCAGGGCGCCAGACCCCUAAUGUCUCCCCUGGCUUUGGACCAUUCCAGACUUAAUAAGGGGUGGAACUGUGCAAUGGAAUGGUGUGGUUCUGGGAGUCAGACUGAACUAGGUUCAGAUCCUGCUUUGGGCACUUUAUUAGCUGGUGGCUUUGAGCAAGUCACAUACCUCUUUGAAUCUAUUUGCCUUCUAUAAAAAAGAGAUCAAUUUUGUAGGGCAGUAGUUGACUUGAAGAUGGUGCUGCUUGGCACAUAGUAGAUACUCUCUGAAUCUUAACUAUAAUUUUUAAAGCAAUAUACGUUCCUGAAGUUAUGUAAAUCAAAUUUUUGAUAAAUGAUUUUUCCCUAAAUGCUCCUUUGACUGUAGAAUUUGCAGACUCCCUGAGCAUAAGAGCUGGAAGAAACCUAAGAGGUGUAUUCAUUGACAUAUUUUGCAAAGGGAGAAACUGAGGCCCAGAGAGGUUAAGUGAUUUGCCCAGGGUCACGUAACUAGUCUUAUUAAACUCAAGAACGAAAUGCA